GGCCUCAACCAUCUACAUCUGAUGGAAGUCUUCACGGAGUAUGCCUAUAAUGAGAGGUUCUUUGAAAAUGGAUCCCAGGACUUCAAUGCUACGGAACAGGGGGGGAAGCACCAGUACAAUUACUAUGCCAUGCUUCUCACGCUGCUAAUUUUCGUCAUUGUUUUUGGCAAUGUGCUGGUGUGUAUGGCUGUCUCCAGGGAGAAAGCCCUGCAAACCACCACCAACUACCUGAUUGUCAGCCUGGCCGUUGCUGACCUACUCGUGGCGACACUCGUUAUGCCAUGGGUGGUGUACCUCGAGGUGGUGGGAGAGUGGCGGUUCAGCACAAUCCAUUGUGACAUCUUUGUCACCCUGGAUGUGAUGAUGUGUACAGCGAGCAUACUUAAUCUGUGUGCCAUCAGUAUUGACAGGUAUACAGCAGUAGCCAUGCCUAUGUUAUACAACACACGGUACAGCUCCAAGAGGAGGGUCACAGUCAUGAUUUCUGUGGUGUGGAUUUUAUCUUUUGCUAUUUCAUGUCCACUGCUGUUUGGACUGAAUAAUACUGUCACCCAUGACGAUGCCCUGUGUGUGAUUGCAAACCCAGCCUUUGUAGUGUACUCAUCCAUUGUGUCCUUCUACGUACCCUUCAUCAUUACUCUGCUAGUAUACGUGCAGAUCUACGUUGUGCUGCGUAAGAGACGGAAACGCGUCAGCACCAAGCGCACCUUCCCAGUUACGGACGUGGAUAUGAGCUCCACUUUAAAGAAAUGCACCCACCCUGAUGAUGUUAAACUGUGCACUGUGAUUGUCAAGUCUGGUGGGAAUUUUCCUGUGAACAACAGAAAUGUGAUCGUCAUAAAGGAGGUGGUAAACAAUGGGGAUGAUAUCCAAAUGGAUGAAAUCACAAACUUAAACCCUCCAAGACAGAGGAAGCAGGGUCAAUCUGGUGCAAAUCAACAACACAGCAGGCUUGUUAACUCUAAUCUAAGAGAGACUGAAAUAUCACCCCCAUCACCUGAAGUUGGUGUCAAACAUGAAAGAAAUGGAAACACCAGCAAUAUUACUAAAGUGGCCAAAGCAUUUGAGAUCCAGGUCUCCCCAAAUGCCAAGACACAGACAUCGGUCAAGAGUCUGAACAAACGCAAAAUCUCCCAGCAGAAGGAGAAGAAGGCCACACAAAUGUUAGCUAUUGUCCUCGGUGUAUUUAUCAUCUGCUGGCUGCCGUUCUUUAUCACACACAUUGUCAACACUUACUGCCAAGUCCCUCCUGAACUCUACACUGCCUUUACUUGGUUGGGCUAUGUGAACAGCGCAGUUAAUCCCAUCAUAUACACCACUUUCAACAUAGAGUUUCGCAAAGCUUUCAUUAAGAUUCUACACUGUUGAGAGCGGACUCAUUUCAAGGGAGCAAAGGGAAAGAAACGAUACCUCAUCUGCAGUGGGCACACUGUAAAUCUUUAUUUCAAGAUUCAAACUUGCAUCCCAGGUGGACUUUGGUCUGGGAGCUACAUCAGUUACAUUUCAUUGAGAUUAAAACUAUGAAAAAGGAAUGUAUAUAAAUAGUCUGUAUUAUAAAUGUAUUUGUUGAAAGAUCCAAAAAAGGAAAGAUACAAGGUUUUUCUAAGCAGUAUCCUCAGCACAAAAUUGGAAAUUUCUGCUCCACUACUCACACCAACGGAAUUGGAUUGUUUUCAGACAGGUUUCCCAACACUUCCCCCUGCUAUUGAUCAGCCAAACAUAUAGUCCUGCCCCAAACUCACACCAUUGGUUUAGUUAAUGUUGCUGUGUCUGGCUGUUAAGAAUGUAGCCUACCAAUUCCAUACUUGUAGUUGUCUCUGCAUAUUAAUAUAGGAUAGAAGAAAAUAUUUUAAGAUCCAAACAAUAACACCCUUCAGAUUUACAGCAAUGCUUUAAUGCCUAAUUCUUAUCUGUAAGUCAGUAUUAUUUUUGUUUCUUAAUUUGAUAAUUUGCACAAAACCUAAAUGUAAUUAGGUGGAAGAAACGUUAAAAUCAUGGUAGUCACAAACUGUGAUUUGGUAGAUUUAAUAGGCCAUGUAUUGCAUGGGAGUUGUAUUUCUUCUGUUAAAAAGAUUAUUUAUGCCAGUAAUGGCUUUAACAUUAACUCCCACUUUAGAAAUGUGUUUGUUAGAUGUUUAACUAACCACACUUAAGAAACUUAAAAAUAUUACAUUAAACAAAAUUUAAACUGUAAUCAAUUGUAUUUUCUGUACCAAAAUAAAAGCAUUUGUGCCACAUAUACAAAUACAAAGCAACAGUGCAUUAACAAAGUACAUUUACAGUUAAAAAUGUAAAGAUGGAUAAACACAGAAAAUAAUCAUCAUUUCAUGAAAUCCUGAGACUUGUAAUUAAAAUAGCAUUUACUAUUGUUUUUCAUCCUUACCAAUGGGAGCAUUAACUGUUUUGGUUCCUUUUCUUGGCCUUGAUGAAGUAAAGAUAAUACUGACAGAGUGAAAGGGAAGGAUAAGGACAAACUGCUUACAGUCCCUGAGGAGCGGCUUGUGAAGAAGAUGGGCAAGAGUGCCAUCAGCCAAGUGUGCAAACAUGUCAGCAAAUCUACUGUGAUUUUUAAAGUUCCUUUUUACUAUUUAUUACUGCUUACUUAGCUGUAAUACACUGCUUACAUUGAUGACUACAUAGAUUUUCAUGCUUUAUAUUACAAACAUUGAAUGUGAUGGGCCUGCCGUUGCAGUGUAAUGCAUGUUACAGUAUGUUCUAA